AUGAAGUUGGACGUGACCAAGCUGUUCUCCACGCGGUCCGAAAGGGUGAAAGGAAUUGACUUCCACCCUUCCGAGCCCUGGAUUUUGACCACCUUGUACAAUGGAAAAAUCGAAAUCUGGUCCUAUGCUACAAACUCUCUCGUCAAGUCCAUCCAGGUGACUGAUUUGCCUGUCAGAGCAGGUAAGUUUAUUGCUAGAAAGAACUGGAUUGUUGUUGGUUCUGACGAUUUCCAGAUCAGAGUGUACAACUACAACACUGGUGAGAAGAUCACCCAGUUUGAGGCUCAUCCUGAUUACAUUCGUAGUAUCGCCGUUCAUGCCACCUUGCCGUACAUUUUGACGUCUUCGGAUGAUUUGACCAUCAAGUUGUGGAAUUGGGAUAACAACUGGCGCUUGGAACAGACCUACGAAGGUCACCAGCAUUACAUUAUGUGCGUGAAUUUCAACCCUAAGGACCCCAACACUUUUGCGUCUGCGUGCUUGGACAGAACCGUGAAAGUGUGGUCGUUGGGCUCGCCAACACCAAACUACACCUUGGUGGCUCACGACAUCAAGGGUGUCAAUUAUGUCGACUAUUACCCUCAGGCCGACAAGCCAUAUCUUAUCACGUCUUCUGACGACAAGACCAUCAAGAUCUGGGAUUAUCAGACAAAGUCUUGUGUUGCAGUGCUCGAGGGCCACUUGGCUAAUGUGUCUUUCGCCAUUUUCCACCCAGAAUUGCCUCUCAUUGUGUCUGGUUCUGAGGAUGGAACCGUGCGCUUCUGGAAUUCCAACACUUUCAAGUUGGAGAAGUCUGUCAACUACGGAUUGGAGCGUGUGUGGUGUGUGAGUGUUUUGGCCAAGUCCAAUUUAGUGGCUGUGGGUUGUGACAGCGGAUAUGUGGUGGUUAAGUUGGGUAACGAGGAGCCUCUUUUCUCCAUGGACAACAACGGUAAGUUGAUCUUCGCAAAGAACUCUGAAGUGUUCCAGUCCGUCAUUAAGCCCACAAGUACUGACGGAAUCAAGGAUGGUGAGUCCUUGCCUAUUCAACAGAGAGAUCUUGGUACUGUGGAGAUCUACCCACAGACUUUGGCUCAUUCUCCAAAUGGAAGAUACGCUGCUGUUUGUGGUGAUGGCGAGUACCUCGUUUACACCGCAUUGGCCUGGAGAUCAAAGGCUUACGGUAAGGCCUUAGACUUUGCUUGGAACACACACGAUCUCUCCAAUGCUACCACCUAUGCUAUCCGAGAAUCUAAGAUGUCCGUUAAGGUUUUCAAGAACUUCCAGGAGACUUUGUCUGUGGAUCUUGUGUAUGAGGCUGAGAAAAUCAUUCCUGGUGCUUUGCUUGGUGUCAAGUCGGUAGGUCUCUUGUGCUUCUACGACUGGGAAACCGGGGCGCUUAUCAGAAGAGUGGAUAUAGAAGAUGACAUCCAGGAUGUUAUCUGGUCCGAUAACGGCGAGUUGUUGGCUAUUUUAACCUUCAGCGCUAGCUCCGAGGCCAGCGAUGGUACCACACCUAAGGUCAAGAAGAGCAACGAAACUUACUUCUUGAGCUUUGACCGUAGCUUAUACGAAGAGGCUGUUGCUGACGGCUCUAUCAGCACAUCUGAGGGUGCAGAGGCUGCAUUUGACGUUUUGUACACUUUGCCAACUACUGAGCCUAUCUUGUCUGGAAAAUUCAUUGGAGACGUGUUCAUCUACACCACAGGCACCACGAACAGAUUGAAUUAUUUUGUGGGUGGAGAAAUCAUCAACUUGAGUCACUUUGAUCACAAGUACUAUCUCAUCGGAUACAGAGCCACGGAGGGAAAAUUGUGUUUGAUUGACAAGUCAUUUAAUGUUAUUACAUGGUACGUCAACUCAGAGGUGUUGGAGUUGCAGACAUUAGUCAUGCGUGGAGAAUUGGAGCAGUUUGCUACCGGCAACGUGUUGGAUGAGGAAACUGGUGAGGAGAUCCCAGAUGUCAGCACAAUCACACCAGAGGCAUUGUCAGAAGAAUACUCCUCUUAUAUUUCCAAUUUGUCAAAGGGCGAAUUGAACCAGUUGUCGAGAUUCUUCGAGAAGUUGGGCUACUUGAAAUUGUCGUUUGCGUUGUCGCAAGACUUUGACUCCAAGUUCCUGAUCGCCUUGUCUACUGGAGACUUACCUCAAGCAUAUCAAUUGUUGGCCUCCAAUCAAGAAUCCAAUCCUUCCAAUGCUCUUGUAAACGUUCAAAAAUGGAAGAAGUUGGGAGACUUGGCCUUGUCACAAUGGCAAUUGAAGUUGGCUGAGAACUGCUACUGGUUGGCAAACGACCAUGCUUCCUUGUUGUUGUUGCUUUCGUCAAGCAACAACCAAAAACUGUUGGCCCGCCUUGCUUCUGAGGCAGAGGCCAAGGGUAAGUACAACAUUGCCUUCCAGGCUUUGUGGUUGACCUCAAAUGUCGAUCAUUGUGUUGACUUGUUGAUCAAAACAGAACGUUAUAGUGAAGCUGCCUUCUUGGGCCGCACCUAUGGUGUUUCCGGCCAAAAACUUGAGAAAAUUAUGGAGUUGUGGAAACAGCAGCUAACAUCUAAGGGCAAGAGCAAAACUGCUGAUCGUUUGAUUUCUGACUUCAGUGGCAUCAAGUUGGGGGAAAGCAAUGGAGAUUCAUUGAUUGACCUCGAUGCUCCAGAAACUAAGCCAGCUCCUGCUCCUGUGAGUGCUCCUGCCCCUGCUGCUAUUCCCGUUCCUGUGAGUGCUCCUGCCCCUGCUGCUGUUGCUGCUCCUGCGGCAGUACCAAUUGCCGCACAGGUUGAGAGAGAAGAACUUGAAGACGAACUUCAAGAGUAUGUUGAUGAGGAUGUUAUCGAGGAAGAGUUUGAGGCAGAAGCCGAAGUUGCAUCUGACAACGAAGCGUUGUUAGAUCUCAACAGCGAAUAG